GCAUGCGCAGGGCGUCUCCACUGGCUCGCUGGGUGCUGAAGUUGGGCGGAUGGACGGAAAACACCGCUGAUGGAGAUAAAACGGCAGCAUGCAAUCUCAACGCCCGAUACCCCCGAUAACCACAUAAACAGGUUUAGCGGCACCAUUUUAGAAGACUGACAUCUAGGACAAAAGGGAUGUCUUAUCCUGGAUCAUUUUGCCCUUGACUCAAGAAAAGGGUUUACCUGCAAAUACCAGGUGUUUGAAACCUACCUCCACCCACCUUCUGUGUUCUUCAUCAGGCAUGGUUAGAGAAGAUACAAGAGGACACAAUUUGUAUUCCAGCACUCUGUCCAUCGCAACUUUUGACAUUACCGUCAUGAUUUUCUUACCUGAUAUAUCCGGAUAGCUGCUAAUUUGCAUGCCUCAAAGUGUGAGUGGAGUUGAAAUGAGGAAAAGGCAGCAGGGACGCAUUGAAGGACCCCCGCAGGCGCCUGGUCACCCGAGGCCUAAUACCUGCUGUCUGUGCUGGUGUGGAUGCUGCAAGUGCCUCUGGAAUGAAGACAGGCGAGAACGUUCAGAAAGGCAAACAUGUACAAAGAUGGAUAGCAUAGAGGCAACAGAGGAACAGCAUCCCACACUGGACGAGGUGAUCGCCUGGUCCCGGAGCUUUGAGAUGAUGAUGCGCUCUCCGGAGGGGAGGGAUGUUUUCCGGGAGUUCCUGCGGUCCGAGUACAGUGAGGAGAACCUGCUGUUCUGGAUUGCUUGCGAGGAAAUGAAGAAGGAGUCCAACCCAUCAGCUAUUGAUGAAAAAGCCAGGAUCAUUUAUGAGGACUAUGUUUCUAUUCUAUCACCUAAAGAGGUCAGUUUGGAUUCACGGGUGAGGGAAGGCAUCAACCAAAACCUGGCGGAGCCCAGCAGUAUGAUGUAUGAGGAGGCUCAGCUCCAGAUCUACACCCUCAUGCACAGAGACUCCUUCCCUCGAUUCCUCAACUCAUCUGUUUACAGGGAUCUUCUCAACACCAAGAGAACCUGCUUAGACACCUAGGUUUCAGCAAAUACACUUGAGACAAAAAGCCCCAAGGUGCCACUUUUUCAAAAGGUGUGAUGUUUCUUAUUUCGAGAGCGAGUAGUUAAGCAAUUCUGAGCAUCCACUAGUGACCCUGUUCAGUUCUGUUUAAGUGCCAAUAUGAGCUGCUCAGGCAACUGUGACAGAAAAACACGUAGGAAAAACCGGGCAGAUCCAUAGUUUUCAUACUCACCCGCUUUGUCAAAACUUCUCUUUUCCCUCUUCCUGUUUACCUCACUGUCACCUAUUUUCUUUCCUUCUCUCUUUUCUCCUGAUCCUUUCCGUCUUUUAGAUGUCUGAGGACAGCUGUUUUUAAAAGCGGUAGAUGUUGAGCUAGACAACAUGAUCUUUGCAUGAUACAAGGUUAUGGAAUUUACACCAGUUUGACAUUUAAGCCUGGACUACGAUGUUUUUUUGAACGAAAAAAAAAGGUGUUUUUUAUGCUGUCACGAGGAGAGAACAUUGUAAAGCUCUCGUAAGCGAAGGGAAAUUUAUCUGUGCCAAUUGUUUUUUUAAGCAGAAGCUGGGAAGCGCAAUCGCCAACUUGCCGUACAAACUCUUUUCGCGUGUCGACAGUUGUUUAACUGGGGAACAUAAGGGCUAGCUAGUGUUGUGAUUGGGCAGCUAAACGAAUCAUGAACAUUUCUUUCUCACUGCAAAAAUCACAAUGCCUCGACACUGAAUAAGUGCAUAAAAGCUGCUGACAACACGGUUUAUUGUGUAAGUCGUCCUGGCCCUCCCAGUCCAUCACUAACCGAGAGAAGCACAGGUACUGUAGGUCAUGGGCUGUAAACUUCGCUGGAUUAAAAGAAUAACUCACCCACCUUCUGGAGGUUUUCAAAACAACUUAGAAUUGUCUUUCACAUUAAAGAAAUGUAUUUUAUUAAACAAAAGUGUAGUGAACACUAUGCCUUGUUUUUGAGCGUGACACAGUAGAUCUAUUUCAAAGAAAUAGCUGAGACUGCUCGGAUGUUUUUUCUCAGAGGUGGCGUUACGGAAGAUUCAGUCAGAAUCGGUGUAAAACGUCUUUUUGGACCGAUUCGAGGGCAUGCCAGACGAAACGAACGCCCACCUUUGUUUUAAUGCUGAAAUACUUAUUUAUCAAAGCAAGAAAAGUCAAUCUUUUUGUAAUACUUUUUUUCCAGCAUGCGUUUAUUUUGUUGUGUCAUGUACACAUUGCAAUACUAGAAGAUACUAUGAAGACGAUUUUCCUUUAGAGGUUUAAACUUGUGACCCUAAGACAGUUUCUUCAGCUCCGUGUCGUUGGAUUCAAACUUGAAUGUUGCUGUUCAAUUUUCUAGAAAUGUAUGUGCUAUUGCAGUUGCAGCAGCCAGUGCAUGAAAACACAGUAUCUAAAAAAAAUACCGGUGUUAAACCACUUUCUCACCUUUUAGCUGAGUAGUUCAAGAGUGAAUUGCAUUCAAACAGAGAUUUUUGGUCACCGUACCCAACCUGAAAAUGUCACUUUCCCUGACUUAUUGUGCCAAUGAAUGAACGAAGGUUUCUUUAGUAAAUAAUGAUCAAGUUGGUUUGUUGUUCGGUUUUCUUAUAUCGGUGCUCUGACAGUUAAGUGCCAUUCACUCUGCAGGUUUACCAGAUUCAAAUGAAGACCUUUGACCUUUACCAAGUGCAUAAAUAUCCUUCUUUAAAAUAUUUGUGUAUUUGAGCAUCAGCCAAUGUGAGUAGGUCCUCAGUUUAUGUUGUUUUAUGAAGAGAAUACAAUAGGUUUGUACCUUGUAGUUUACACACACACACUGAAGCAGCGAACCAUCAUGGGACGUUUGGUUUUCCCAUAUUUCUAAAAGAAAGUUAUUGAAUUUUCUUGUUUGUUUUAAAGGCAAAAACAUUGUCAUUAAAGAAAUGAGCAAUAAAUCAAAAUUGUCUUGCUCCACAGAACGACACUGCAUGACAUUUAGCGAAAUGUUGAACUAUUUUUGAGGGGAGAUCCGAGCUUGACAAAACUGACAAAUAACGAGUAGCAUGUUGUUUAAAAUUUCAUGACAGUUGUCGAUGACAAUUAAUAAGCAUUUUUAUGAAAUGACUGUAUCAAUCGGUACAUGAAACAAUCCAACGUGUGAAACCACUGAACUGAGUAAAUAUUCAGUUGAAAUUGAGAUAAUCAUGAUGUGUUCAAUUAAGUCACAAGAAAAAUGUGAUAUAUUGCAUCUGAGGUAUCUUCAAUCAAAGUCCUUUCUCGAAUAAUUGAUGCAAUGAAAUCAGCAACUUUCUACAGGCAGUUAUCAGCAGUAUUGGAUUAAUGUACAUAUCAUAAAGCAAAAAAAUGGUAAAUGUGUCCCAUUUUUUUUGCAGUCGAUAUUCACGAUGAAGGUUGAGCUACUGCCACAUGAGUGUUUAUUUUGUAAACAACCUUUAAAAUGCCAUUACAUCUAUGAUUCAAAGUCCUGUAAAUGACAACAAAUUCUGACAUUAUUACCCCACUUUUUGCUAAAUGAUUGUAUUUAUUAUACAGCAUUAAGCACGAAAACAUUCAAGUUUGCGCCAUUUAGAAAGAGCCAUCAUUGAGAGUAAUUAUCUGUUUUGAUUGAAGUAUCUUUAUGUAAUUUUUGCUGCUAAUGUUCUGAUUUUAAUGGGUAUAGGAGUUUUCACAUGAUGGCUGUCGUAGAGAUCCUCUAACAGCUCUUUAUAAUGGUUUUAUCAGCAUGGUAUGACUUGGAAAAAACACACUUUCUUGCCAAAAGGCUUCUUUUGUAAGAAAAUGAAGUGAAGCCUGUGUUAUGUGAUUCUAGGAGUGUUGUCUCUUUUAAAGACUUUUCAUUGGUUUUCACUACCUCUCCUGAUGCUUGGUAUUUCUCAUCCAGCUGUUAAUGUUAAAUGUUGUUUAUUUUGAUCUACUUGAAGUCUAAUACUGUAAAUGAGGUGUACUGAGGGUUUAUGAGGAGUAGCAAUUUCUUUGUUUGUUUGUUGAAUUCUUUUCAGCAUAAUUAUGAUUAUACACACACAAAUAAUUCAGGAAACAUCAUAUUCAAGGGCUAAUCCCAUAUUGCCUAUGCAAAUAUCCUAAUUGUCAUAUUGGAGUCAUGGGUGACUGAGGAAUGUUUUCCUGAAAGUGGGUGGAACACUGGUUUACAUUUGCCCAUUUCUGAUAUUUCUUAGUCAGAGUCACUUAUAACAUGUUAUAUACACACACACACACAUAUAUAUAUAUAAUAUCCUUCUUGAUGAAAAAGCUACUCGAUUAAGAUUGAAAUAAAUUCGUGGUGCGUUUUGACAUCUUGACAGGUUGACGGUUCACUGUAGAUGGAAAUGCAUACUGAAUGUAAGGUUCUGUUCGUGCCGAUUUAUCUUUGAGUGAUGGCAAACUUGGAACAGGUGACAUAAUUGAAUGAUUUGUGAAUGAAGCGAGUGUUUAUUCUUGUUUUUAAGGGUGCUUCAGUCUUUUUUUGGGAAAGGUUGAAGGGCUACUUUGGGCACUUUAAACAUGCUUUCCAAGAACAAGAAUAUCUACCUCUUGGUUCUGUUCAUUCCAUUAGCUUAAUAUAGAUGAUUUAGCUUUGAUAAACAUGUAGCUUACACACAUCUUGAUUUUUUUAGACUCUUAGUAAAGAGCCACAGAGGUGAACGAGGAAGCAAACAGAUUUUUAGCGAUUUCAUAGUUUUUUGGUUUUAACCUUUGUUAGUUUGACACAUUUUCUGUGGAAGCGCCUAGUAAGGACAUAAAGAGUUUGACCCCUCCCAUAACAACAUUUGUUUAUUUCAAUGUCAGCUACAACACUUUUGUAACUUGCCUGUGCUUGCGUUAUGUGAUUUAAAGAUUAAAGCUGUAAUUGUGACAAAUGUGUUUACAGCUCUCAGUAGCACUAUUAAGUUAAACAAAAUUCUUUAUUGUAAACACAUGAUUAUUCAUAAGACAUUAUUUGAUUUGUCCUGUCACGUAGAUUAAUGUGAAUUUUAGUGACACAGUUGCGAUGAUCCCCAAGAUUUAGGAAUAUUGCAGCAAGGAGAAAGGCUUCAUGUAUGAGUUUUUUUCAAUUUUAUGCGUUACUGUUUUUUUUUAAUUAGUCAAAUCCCCUUCACCAUAACAUUAAAGACAUAAAGACAGUGGUCAGGUAACAGUUUGAAUUCUUUACUGAAUUUAAUCAUGCACAUUUUUCUAGAUGGGUUAGUUUAUCAAGUUUCCAGUGGUUUGCGAUUAGUAGGCCUAUUGAAUUAUCUGUAGGAUUGUUGGAUUUACCAUGAAUGAAAUUUGACGUAUAACAUAACGUAGUAUUGUGGUAACAGUACAGCAAACAACAUACUUGUCUCAUCAGAGCUGUUUGUUUAAUAAUAAAAAACCUAAAGAAAAUAAGCAUUUGUAAGAGAUAGCUUGAGUCCUCGAUUUUUUUAGUGAAGAGACAUUCAAACAAAAGUUUAGACAACUAUUGUAUAUACAUAUUCGGUGGGAAUUAUGAAGUUCUGUUAAAAUGUCAUGAAGAAAGAACUAUUACAAUUUUAAGGCAGUGAACUUCCUCAUCACAGUUUAUCACAGUCACCCUAAAGUGCCUUGAAUGUUUAGGCCAUGAGUGUGAAAUGAUAGCUUUUCAUCCUUUCAUUGUCCUCUGCAAAAAAAGAAAAUCUUUAAAAAAAAAUAGUUUUUCAACAUCACAAUGGCGUGCUAUAUUCCGUGGUGCUUAUUAUAUGUCACAUAAUGAAAUCUCAAAACUUUUUUAUUCCCAUUGUCAGCUCAUAAUCUGUAGAUUUUGUAUUUUUGCUCUACAGGAUACAGCCUUUGUUUUAUCCUUGUAUCAGACACAGGUCAAGUCUUCACUGAAGGCAUUCUUUAGAGCCGUGUCCUGAUCUCCUCAUAAAUGCUGAUUUAUAAAUCAUCUAUUUUAAUAGAAAAUAUGAAGUAUUCACAUUUCUGUUGUUUUUUAAUUCCAGAGGACAAAAUAUACAUUAAUGUAAAUUGUAACUCAUAGAAGUACAUAUAAUUUUUAUAUAUGGCAUGCUUUUGCUGCUCAAAAUAGAUUAUUUAACACAAUACUAUAGUAUAGAAAGAAGUACUGCAAUAUGCAGACGGUAUCAUUGAAUCUUUUGGAGGAGCUUUUGAAAGUGAUAAAAAAUGACAAUUUCUAUUACAGAUGAUCACAUUUAAAUCAAUUCUUUGUGCAACUUUGAUGGGAAUAACCUGAUAGUAAUAAAAUUAGGUUACUGUAAGGUGACGUAGUUUAGCUGAAGAGCAGCAGUACUGAUGUACAAGUUUAUUAAUACUUAACCUGUGAGGAUGGUUAUUUUCAGACCACAUGUACUCCUGCAUGAACAAUAUUAAAAGAGAGAAAACAUGUACUUGUAGACAUCAAAUAAAGUGACUUACAAUAUGUUGCUUUUUCUGUCUGUCUGACACAUGAUAACAUACUGUAAUAAAUAGCUGAAGAACAAAUUAGCAGCAUUGUUUGUGGAACGACACUGACAUAAACAAUUUCUUCUUCUUUUCUCAUUAGCUUUCCUGCAAUGGCUUAUAAAUUAAAACUAUUUCCUGACAUUGUAACAUGUCCUGUAUGUACUAAAACAGCUUUUGUCCAUUAACAAACAACAAACACAGUAAUGACUGUGAGGUUGACAGUU